AUGUCUCUCAAGCGUCUUCUCAACGAUGUAGAUGACGAUGGUCACAGCCAAUACCCUGACCCGUCGUUCAUGUCCCCUCACGGCUCCAUUUCAGGGUCUUCGUACCAGAGCGCCGACGACUACACCGGAACGUACCCUCGCCAGACCCAGUUCCAGGGCAUGGGGAUGGGCAUGGAUUAUACACACGAAACCCCCGUCCUCGAGGAAUACUCCUCUAUCACCGAUGUCUUCAACGGCAUUUUGUCCAAUGGCCCUAACCCCGGUUACGAAAACACACACUUCGAUCCCACCGACCAACUAGGAAAUCUAAAUCUGAAUCUAGGAACUGCAGACGCCCCGUUCAACCUGGAUUUCGAGCUAGAAGAAUGGGCCCACCAAAACAUGACGAUGCCUUCUCCCGGCGCAUCGUACGUAUCCCAGCCGUCGCCGUCAGGUUCAGGGUCAUCCGCAGACUCUUUGCCUGCCACUCAUUCCCCCUCUAUGGACCCCGAGUCUAUCGUCACCGGCUCAGAUUCAUGUUCAUCGGCUGGGGAUGAAGACUUUGACAAAGUCUGCUACGGGAUGCUCUACAAUGUGGAUGUCAAGUUGAUAGGUGAAAUGGCCGUCAUCGACUCGAAGCUUGUGGCAGCAAUGACCGCAGGAAAGACACAAUACCAACGCUUCGAGCUCUCAGAUUCACAAGAUCAUGUCCUCCUCGCCUUCAAGGACAAAACCGAUUUCGGCUAUCUACGCUCCGGUCCCGGCAAGACAAUCUCACCGCUGCUGACCCGAGCUGGCGUCGAGUUCGAACCCAUCGCGCCAACCGUCACCCUCCGAGAAACCAUUGGCCGCGCCAAGAAGCCUGUUGAAGCAAUGGUCAAGGUCGAUAUCAACGUCUACGGGCCCAGGAGAGCUGCGCAUGAAGUUGGCGACAAGUUAUCAGAAGGAAAGCUCUGGUUGCAAAAGCCGACGCAUUCUAGGAAGGACGUGGACUAUGAAAACCCACACAUGCUCCAACUUGAUGGGGUUGAAGAGAUGACCGUGGAGGCAGUGAGAGAGGUUGGCGGCGGCGGCCCGGCGAAGAGGCAACCGAGAGAAGAGAAUUUGAGGAAAAUGAUGCUGGAGGUUUACCAAUCUCUGGACAAGCACAGGGACCUCGAAAAGGUGGGUGGCGGCGAGGGACUCAAGAACGAACUUCUGAUACAUCAACAAGAGGCACUGGGGUUCAUGCUGCAGAGGGAGUCUGGUGAGAUUGGGGACCGCUAUCGUCUUUGGAAGCCGGUCAAGGUUGACGGAAGUGAUUGGUACCGCCACAAGAUUACCAACGUCAAACAACGUACCAAACCAGAAGAGCGAGGCGGAGGUAUUUUGGCUGACGAGAUGGGCAUGGGCAAGUCUCUGUCUAUCCUCUCUCUCAUUGUCAAGACUCUUCCAAGUGGCCAAGAGUGGGCAGAGCAGGAGAACGGCAACGAGGACAAACUCAAGGACAUCAGCUAUUCUGGCUCGACGUUAGUAGUCGUGUCAUCUGCCCUCCUCAUUUACAACUGGACCAACGAGAUUGACAAACACGUCCAAGGUAGCCUGAAAACGAUCAAGUACCAUGGCCCCGGCCGUGAGAAAGACAUUGAAAAGAUCAAAAACUCUCAAGUCGUUGUCACAACCUACAACACCCUCUCGGCAGAGUUCGAAAAGAAGUCCUCUCUACUUCACAAGAUCGGCUGGUAUCGCGUCGUGCUUGACGAAGCCCACAUCAUCCGCCGCCCCGCGACGACAUUCUUCCACGCCUGUCGAGACCUGCGCGCCAACUCCCGCUGGUGUCUCACCGGAACGCCUAUCCAGAACAAGCUGUCAGACAUUGGCGCCCUCUUCGCCUUCAUCCGCGCCAAGCCAUUUGAUGAGCCCGCCAAGUUCCGGCGAUACAUAGAGCUGCCGUUCGAGCAGAACGAGGAGGACCCUCAUAAGGUCAAAGAGCGGCUGAUUACGCUCCUCGACUCUCUCUGCCUGCGCCGGACGAAGGAGCUCCUGCGCCUCCCCGGUCUCAAGGAAGUCACCAAGGAGUUGGAGUUCACCGCGGAGGAACGCGAUCAAUACGAUAAUACGAAGAAGAUCCUGAUGCGGACGAUCAAGCAAAAGGUCGGCGAGGUGGAGAAGAGCUCCAAGUUUGGGCUGUUCCAGGCGAACCUCCAGCUGCGUAUCCUGUGCAACCACGGAACGUACCAGAAGCCCUUCUCCUGGCACCGUCGCGCGUACCGCCUCGACGAGCGGGAGGCCGUCGUCAGCGCGUUGGGCCAAAAUGCAGAGAUUACCUGCGACGGAUGCCACCAGCCGAUGCCGGUUCUGGGCUCCAGCCGGCUGCGGAACGAGUUCGAGGAGCAAUGCGCACACGUCUUCUGCUCCGAGUGCCUCGAUCAGUCUACUUACUCUGCCGGCACGGCAAGCCCGCAAGCGAGACACUGCCCUGUGUGUGAAAACUGGAUGAGGUCUGCCAGGGCGCAGCGUGCGCUGCCUUCUGGCGUCCCGGUUGUCAGGAUUGAUGGGCCCGGGGGCUCAGGAGACGUGGAGAUGGUCGACGCGCCAGCUCAACUUGGGUCCAAGAGGGAUGACGAGAUCUACUUCAACUCGACGGGGCACUCUACGAAGAUGAAGGCGUUGAUCGAAGAUGUCCAAAUUGACCUGAAUGAGACCAAGAGCAUCAUCUUCUCGUGCUGGACGAGAACUCUGCACCUCGUAGCGCAACACCUAGAAAGAGCAAAUAUCCCCUUUCUCCGUAUCGACGGCGAUUGCUCCCUUGGCCAACGUCAGGAUAUGCUCAGAGAUUUCGCGAAUAAAGAUGAGAAGAGGGUUCUCAUCAUGACGACUGGCACUGGUGCUUUCGGCCUGAAUCUCACUUGCGCGAAUCGCGUCUUUAUCGUCGAGCUGCAGUGGAACCCGAGUGUUGAGAAUCAGGCGAUUGCCCGCGCCAUUCGUCUCGGCCAGGGCAAGAAGGUGCUUGUCACCAGAUAUGUCAUCAAGGAUACGGUCGAGGUGGAAAUGAGUUCUCAGCAGAGCGUGAAGAAGAAUCUCGCUGCGAUUGGUUUCAACGAGGAUUAUGACACUCCGGAAGAAAUGGACGAGUCGCGCGACUAG